AUGAAGGAAAGUCGAAUAUCGAAAAGCAGCUUCAAAAUAUCAGGAGAGUACAGUAAUCCCGAACAAGAACAGCUCUUCGAAUGGAUCAUGAGAGAAACCAAACCAGACGCGGUUUUUGCUGGAACGAUGCCAGUGAUGGCAAAUGUCAAGUUGACUACUCUUCGACCCAUUGCGAAUCAUCCGCACUAUGAGGAUGUCGGAAUUAGGAAUCGAACUAAGCUGCUGUACUCAAUGUUUAGUAAAAAGCCUAUCAAUGAGUUGCAUGAGACGCUGAAGAAGCUUGGUGUCAACUACUUCGUUUUCCAAUUAUUCAACUGUGCUCCAGACGCUGAA